UAUAUGCAUGCAGACUAUUCCAGCUGAUUUUUUCAAGCUAUGACCUUUUCUUUAGCCUUUGUUAUCUCAUUAUAGACAAACUGAAUAAGAAACAUUGAAGUCCCAUUAAGAGGUUUUUCCUUCUUUCUGUUCCUCUACUUUAAUGGAGGAUCUUAGAUGGAAACCACAGAUACAAUUGUCAUUAAGGGUCCCAAGAAAACUCCAUUAAUAUUGACGAUGGUGGUAAUACUUUUAACAAUGGUUUGUGGAGUUUUUAUCUGCUCAUUCUGUUUGAAGCAUAUAAACACUAACAAAACGAUGAUGAAGUUUUUGAACAUCGAGGUGAUUGACCACCAAAAUGUAUCAUGCCCUGAUCCUCAUCUUGAGCAAUGGGAAAUCCCCUAUGUGCACUACCCUGAACCUCAAACGUUUGAGAGGAAGGAAUGCGCCUGCAAUCCGGUACGCUACUUUGCAAUAUUGUCAAUGCAGAGAUCAGGGAGUGGAUGGUUUGAGACAUUGCUAAAUAAUCACACUAAUGUAAGUUCUAAUGGAGAAAUCUUUUCAAUCCCGGAUAGGAGGCGUAAUGUUUCUUCAAUUUUGAAGCACAUGGAUAAAGUUUACAAUCUCGAUUGGUAUAGUAGUGCUUCCAAGAACGAGUGUUCUGCAGCUGUCGGAUUCAAGUGGAUGCUUAAUCAGGGUUUGAUGGAGAAUCAUGAAGAGAUAGUGAAGUACUUCAAGAAAAGAGGAGUGUCUGCAAUAUUCCUCCUCCGAAGGAACUUACUCCGCAGAAUGAUCUCUGUACAUGCAAAUAUAUAUGACAAAGAUGCUAAGCAGCUCAAUGGCACUCACAAGUCCCAUGUACAUUCUCCAUUAGAAGCUCAAAUACUUGCAAGAUUCAAACCCAAGCUUAAUGCCACAUUACUUAUACCAGAGCUGAAGCAAGAUGAGGAGACGGCUGCGAAAGCUAUGCAAUAUUUCAAGACUACUCGCCAUAUGGUUGUCUACUACGAGGAUGUGAUCAACAACCGCACUAAACUCAAUGAAAUUCAAGACUUCCUAAGGUUGCCUCAUAGGGAGCUCAGGAGCCAUCAAGUUAAGAUACACACAACACCGUUAUCGAACCAAAUUCAGAAUUGGGAAGAUGUUCAGAAGACACUGAAAGGAACAUCAUACGAGAGCUUCCUCGCAGACUAUCAAAUUUCUACUUCAACAUCCCUUUGAGUCUUUGACAGUGUCAGUGAGGAUGUACAUAACCUAACAACCACUAUGUCAGUUCAAAAUCAACUUAUUUCUUGGUUAAUAGUUUAGGUCAGAUUUUGGCAAAGUCACUGUGUGCUUU